CACCUCCACCACUCAAAUCAUUAGUAAUUGUGUCCAACGUCAACAACCGUCUUUCCCGUACCAAAAGCAACUUUUCGUAGUCCCCAUCUCUCUUGGACCUCGGCAAAACUUCAGUUGAUCAUCAUAAUCAUCAUCGUACUUUACAGGGGUAUUAGUUCAAAUCAGUGAGACUUGCGGAAGUUUUGUAGGCCUGAAUUCGGGAACUAUAAUUCUGUGCUGAACCUUUUUGUUGAGAUCAAGUGAAAUUCGGUUGAUAUAGUGAUUCAUUUCAGUUGAGGCGUGUCUUUGCGCUGCUUUUCUGCCCAGAGGUAAGCUCCAUGGGUGAUGGCCCUCCAGGAAUAGAGGUUUUUGCUGAUCAUUUUCAAGCUUCAACAUCUGAUGCAGAUCGUCCCCAAAGUCAAACUUCUUCUACAGAUUCAAGAACUAAUAGUUAUUUGAGGUCCCACAGCAGUUUGUGGGCUCGAAGACAGUUAAAGAGUGCUGCAUCAAUGUUGAACUUGUUUAGUUUACGGGGGUUACCUUGGAUAUCUGGAACGGAUGGUCAGGAAAAGGUUGUGCUAAGUGCCACAGAAGUUGCAUCUCUUCGAUCAGAGAUAACUGACUUGGAAGAGAGGGAAGCCCACCUGAAAGCCCAGCUGGAACAUCUUGAUGAAAUAUUGCGAUCUGCUCGUCUAUCAGGCUAUUUGUACUUGAGAACGAGAUGGGCAACAUUACCAGGAGAACCUCCUCCUCUUGAUGAUGCUGAGGUUGACGACUGGCUUCCACGCUUUGUUGUCCUCCAAGGAUCGUGUAUUUUUCUGUAUUUGGCAUCGACUGAUUUGAGUCCCCAGGACUCCACACUACUCUCUGAUGUGGUUGAAGUUGGUCGUCUUCCAAACCUUACACGAGAAGAUGAGGAAAUCCGAUAUUGCUUUUACAUCUUAACCCGUCAUGGCCUGCGCUAUGAGUGCUCAACUGCUUCCGACGUGCAGGUGGAUGUUUGGUUGGAAGCAUUACAAAUCGACUGCAAAUUGGGAUCUGAAUCCGAGAUUUGCAGAUCCGCUGCACGAGCUGCAAGGACUCUUCUUUCUGCAUCCACCAGGCAGAGCUCUCGUGCCAUUUCCGAAGGGCGAGCAGCAGCAGCUGCAGCAGCAGUUUCAUUGAGAGGAAGGGCAACUUCCCUUGCCGCGCAUAGCAGGGUGGAUCCAGGAAAUGCUUCUAGAAGUUGGAUUUCAGGGCUCCUUGCCCUCCCUGCAGCAGCUUACAUGCUCACAGAGCAAGAAGCACAUGCUGCAGAGUUGGAACGCACUUUUAUUGCCAUCAAGCCUGAUGGGGUGCAAAGAGGACUGAUUGCAGAAAUCAUAUCCCGCUUUGAACGCAAAGGUUUUAAACUCGUGGCAAUCAAAAUUGUGGUUCCUUCAAAGGACUUUGCACAAAAGCAUUAUCAUGAUCUCAAGGAAAGACCAUUCUUUAAUGGCCUCUGUGACUUUCUAAGCUCUGGUCCUGUCAUUGCAAUGGUUUGGGAAGGCGAAGGAGUAAUAAAAUAUGGCCGGAAACUUAUUGGUGCUACAGAUCCACAGAAAUCAGAACCUGGAACCAUUAGAGGUGACUUAGCUGUUGUGGUUGGAAGAAAUAUUAUUCACGGAAGUGAUGGCCCUGAAACUGCGAAGGAUGAAAUCAGCCUAUGGUUCAAGCCCGAUGAGUUGGUUAGCUACACGAGCAAUGCAGAGAAAUGGGUCUAUGGAAGCAACUGAGACAAUUUUUUUCUUUAAUUUACCGUUUCUUCUGCAACUUCGGUCCACGUCAAAGAGUGGAUAAAUACGAAAAUUAUCAAAAUAAUGUGCAUGUGUUUGGGCGAGGAACAACACAUUAGUUUGGAACAAACUCGCUGUGAAAAUCAUAGCAAUAAUUUGUUUCCUCAAAUUAAUUAGCACAUGACUUAGUUCAAUGCAAUUUUACCUUGACA